CGUAAUCUCUGUGUUUGUCCGGAGCGUGAGCCACACACCUGUCCGAUUCACACACGUCCACCAAUCAGUGGUGACCUCGAUGUACAAGAACACAACCCAUGGGCUUCUGCUCUCUCUUCUCACCAUCUGUCCAGGUCUAGUAGAGUCAGCAUGAUCUUUCUCACUGUGUUUUCUUUAUUGACUGUGUGUGUGACCGCAGGCGAUGAAGAGAGCGGAUCCAUCCUCAGACUGGAGAAUGUUCCUGCGGCCGAAGCCUUCAUCGACUCUGUAGAAGUGGCUGUAAUCGGCUUCUUUGAGACUGAAGCUGCUCACGGAUAUAAAGAGUUUCUGGCUGCUGCUAAACAGAUGGAGACACUUCCUGUUGCUCUGUGCAGUGAAAGGGAAGUUUGGGCCAAAUAUGGCAUCACCUCCGACACCAUCUCCAUCUUCAGGAAGGCUGAUCUUCAUCAGGAACACCUGAAGCUCUCAGAGGCCAAGAAAAUUGAUGCUGAUAGACUCGCACGCUUCAUGACCAUCAAUAACAUCCAUUACGUCACAGAAUAUAAUCAAGUGACUGCAGUGGGUCUGUUCCAGUCUGUGGUGAAGACGCACCUGCUGCUGAUGGCUGAUAGAGGGCGCACUCACUUGGACCCGCUGCAGCAGCGCUUCAGAGAUCUUGCGCCAAAAUACGCCGGCAAGAUCUAUGAAAAAAGGCCCAUGUGA